AAUGCACGAGAGGAAGAAGAAAAAAUGUGAGCACUACGAUUGAUUAGUAUGUGUAGUUACAUUCAAGUCAUGGGCUGGCUUGUUUUCUACCCUUAACUUGAUGUCAAAAGUGUGAUUUUGUGGGCGGACAGGUUGGGAUGUUUGAAGACGCGGGCCGUGUGAUUUACAGCCGCUGAGGAAACGCCACUGUUUGGACUGAGGACUCAGAAAUAUGAUGGAGGAUUUCUCUGGUCUGGCCCUGCCGCCUCUGUUUGGAGGUCACAUCCUGGAGGCAGAGCUGGAGCCCGGCGGUGUGGAGCUGGGACCCGGGGAGGUGGAGCUCGGCCCAGGAGGCAGCGAGCUGCUGGAGAGCAGAGGACAAGAAGAUGAAGAGAGAAGAGCGCUGGAUAAAAGGAAAUACCUGUCUCUAAGCAAGAGAUGUAAAGAAAUCGAACUGGUGAACCAGAAGAUUCUUGGUCGACUUCACCAGGUACAAAGGUUAACACGACGCAUGAAGAAAGAGAGACGGUUCCUCAUGAAGACUCUGGAUGCUCAUGGGGACGACUACAGGAAUGCACAGCUGACUAUACUGCUUGAGGAUGAGUCCGGAGCCCAGUUAGAUCCUGCUGCUGCUGGAGUGGAGGAAGACAGGCUUAACGGUGUGUCUGGUCCCACCUCGUCCGCCGCGUUGCACCACACCGCCGGACCAAAGAAGAGGAGGCAUCGAAUUCCAAGGCAGGAAAAGGAUAAAGACCAGCAGAAUGAACCGGAUAUGUCGAUGCUGGCUGACACACAGUUUGGAGACUUGCCCAGCCCAACCUCUCUGUCUCACUGACCGUCGCUCUGCCCUGAACGAAACCCUGCGAUGCGAUCUGACACCUCUCUUAGUCGUCUGAAGAGCCCGGGAGAAAGCGGCGCCACCGUCGGUCUGGUUUUGAACUGCUUGUCGUUAUACCUGCCCUGCGUCAAUGGCUUGAAUUCAUAGAAGCUACAACCACAUCAGUGUAAUUUCCCCUGUGUAUAUAUUUGUGUAUAUAUUUGCUGUCUUCAUAUUUUGUGCUAUGGCAACACAGAAUUAUUGCCAGUGGUGAAUGCCAUUGCAGAUUGUGAGGGACAAUAAUCCUGGAUUCUGUGAAUUAUUCCUUUGUUGAUAAUUUUAUUGCAGCAAGCAGCUCUCAAUCUGAAUGCAUUGUUAAUAAGACAGUGUUACUGACUCUUUAGCCAUGAGGAUGCUCAGUGAAAAGUAAAACAUUUUUUAGGAGUGAUUUGAAAGGGUCAGCAGUGGUAUUGUAUAACGUCGGCAGAUGUAGAGUAGAAACACACACAAACCACAAUAAUAAAAAACCCUCAAAUGGGUAAUCGUUUUAUGAUGGGAUUUGAUAUUAAAAAGGAAAAAAAAAGAUAGUUUGGUUUAGUAUUUGUAUGCUGCUACAAUAAAAUAUUUGAUUUGUCACAUGGCAUUUUAUUUACACUGUUGGUUAGAUUUUUUUUUUGGUCCCUUUGUCUUUUUUUUAAAAUACAAAAUACUUGGAAUAGCAUUGUUGUUUCUAUUAUGUGGAAAUACUACUCUCAGAAACAGUGUUUGUGAGCAGGUUGUCGUAUUUGAACUUGCAUGAAUGGCGUGAAUAAAUGUAUUUAAAAAAUGCA